ACAGUCUCGCGAGCCCCGCUGAAGCCACCAAUUGCCAUCGGCAUCUCUAAGGAGGUAGUCCAACCCUAUCCCGGUACCACGAUCGAGUUGGGCAUCCGCCAGGCCGUCAGGCUAUUACGGCGUCUGGUAGGCGCGAGUGAUUGGUCCUUCCGCACGGAUUUACCGAAACACCCCCAAAACGGCAACCCGUCGUCGUCGUGGUGCUGCCGGGGCCCCGCCGUUAGCCGCGAGAGAUCGCGAGAAGGGAGCUUGGGGGGAUCGACGGGAGGAUCGGCCUGUUCGUACGCGACCGACGCCGGUCCCUGGUACGCCGCUUGCUGGCGGCCCAGUGAGAUGGAGGAGAAGUCCUCUGCCCGAUUCUCCGAAUAUCUGUUCGCCAAGAUGGGCGGGCAGGACGUCUCGGCCUCUCAGGGUCCCCGCAAGGUGACCGCCGACACCAGGAAGUGGAUGCGAGAGAACCUGCUGCUCAUGGUCACCUUAUCCGGCGUACUCUUCGGCAUAAUUCUCGGAUUCGGCUUGCGACCUCUGGACCUUGGGGAUGAUGCGGUAAUGCUGAUUAGCUAUCCGGGAGAACUCUUUAUGAGAUUGCUAAAACUAAUGAUUUUACCUUUGGUAAUCGCGAGCCUUAUAUCAGGUUCAGCGAGUUUGAACGCCAGAAUGAACGGGAUGAUCGCCGUUCGUACUCUAGUAUACUUCAUACUGACGUCCUUGCUCAACGCUGUCCUUGGUGUAGCCCUAGUGCUCGUCAUACAUCCUGGUAAUCCUGGCAUCAGGGAAUCGAUUACCUCCUCGCAUCACGCGAGAGCCGUUAACAUACUAGACAGCCUGCUCGAUCUGGGAAGGAACAUGUUCCCGGACAAUUUGUUUCAAGCAGCUUUCCAGCAGGCGCACACGGUGUACGUCCCGAAAAAGCAACCGGUGCAGAAUGUCACUGAUCAGCUGCCAACGGAAGUUCUAGGUGACGAAGAAUUGAUCAGAGUGAUACAGUAUAGAAGCGGUACGAAUACUCUAGGCAUAGUUUUCUUCUGUUUGGUCUUCGGCACGUUCUUGGGAACACUUGGCGAGAAAGGUCAAGUCGUCAUAGACUUCUUCAAGGCUGUGUUCGAGGUCAUCAUGCGAAUGGUCUCGACGGUUAUGUGGAUGACACCAGUCGGCAUCACUUCCGUAAUAGCGGGCAAAAUACUCGGCGUGGACGAUCUGGUACUGGUGAUGUCGCAGCUGGCAUGGUUCAUCGUCACGAUUGUGAUCGGUGUCUUUCUCUAUCAACUAGUGAUCAUGCAGCUGAUAUAUAUGGCCUUCGUUAGAAAGAACCCCUUUAAAUUCUACGCCGGCCUGGCCCAGGGUACCCUCACCGCCUUCGCCAUGGCAUCAACGGCUGCCGCACUUCCUGUGACUUUUCGUCUGAUGACCGAGAAGCUCAGCGUCGACCCUAGAGUAACCAGAUUCGUCCUCCCGAUCGGUUGCAAUAUUAACAUGGACGGUACUGCGCUCUUCGUUGCUGUGGCCAGCAUAUUCAUCGCCCAGAUGAAUGGUAUCUUCCUGGGCUUCGGGGAGAUUAUUACCGUUAUUUUGACGUCCACCGCUGCUUCUGUAUCAUCUGCUUCGGUGCCAAGUGCUGCGCUGGUUUUGCUGCUGGUUGUUUUAAGCGCCAUUGAUGCUCCUGUGAAUGACGUUUCUCUUUUGUUCGCGAUCGACUGGUUUGUAGAUCGGAUAAGGACCACUAACAACAUGUUAGGAGAUUGUUAUGCCGCUGCAGUAGUCGAACAGUUGUCGAAGAAGGAACUGAUGGCAUUGGACGCAGCAGCUUAUCAAUCGGAGACCGUGCUGCCAACAACUAUCGCCAAUGGAUGUCUUUCCGCCAACAGGGUACCUGAUCCUGAUACCGUCGUUGUCGAGAUGCAGGACGACACGCGGAUAACGGGGAUCGCCAACCUCGGAAUUUUGCACAUGUCGAGAAGUGUGACAGAAGAGACCGUUUGACUAGCGGUUAGCCUCGCAGAAUAAUUUAGCAGCAUAGAAUUUGAGAAACAAGUAAAUCGACUCUGCCACAUGUUCAAAUGAGUAACAGCCUAUUCAACGAGGAUCAAAAAAGGGUACAUACGUUGCGCCGGAGGCGUGUUUAGUUCCUCUGCUUCUCGUCGUCCUAAUAAUUUUCAAAGCUCAUAAGGAUCUUCCGCAAAGAGUGAUAGAAACUCUCGCAGAAAACACGGUCGCCACGAUGCGACACGAAGAAACACAAAGUCAAUAACAAAUGGAAGAAUGUGUUACAUGUGAUGCAGGCACAGCAAUAAGAAUUGAUAUACGUACUUUGAAGCUUCAGAUGAGACUUCCAAAGACUCGAGAGAAGUAUGUUUCGUCAAUCGCUACGAUGGUAAUAACUACGCUCGACGUUGUAUUAUAAAGAGUCGGAAUGCAAGUCGUUCAACGGCCCCGAGGGAUUAGACUGAAUUGGAAAAGAGGCUAAUCCGAUUGACUCGCAACUAGCAAAACCUGAAGAUCGCGUCGAUUCGAUCGCACCCCCGUAGGAAUCAGUGACCAGUUUCUACGAUCGAUCGCGUAAACAGCGUCGAAUGUGGUGCCUUAUUUCGGUGCGCCAACCAAGUAGGCGUUAUGAAAGUAAACAGAUUUUUCAGUUCGUAUCCGAGUAUGUUCACAUCAGAAACCGUGCGUUAGUAGAGGCGUUGAUUUCGACCCAUUUCUGAUGCUUUUCGAUGUCUUUAGAAAAUGUCAUGGUCCUGAAUCUGGGGAUUGAGCAUGACUGUCUUCAGUGUGAUGCGACGAAUACAACUUUCUAUCAAAGACAAAAGGAUUUUUUACAGCGGUUGGGGAAGCUUGAUGUGAUAAUUGUUAGGUAUAGCUAUGUGCAUAUCCACAUACUUAGGAUACAACAAAUACAAUUUGAUUACUUUACGUAUUAUCGUUACAAUAUAUUCUAAAUGCCAUUUAUUUUACUGAUCACAAUGCAAGAAAGAGGAAAUUAAAUUGGUUACGUGCAACAGUGCGCAUUUGGGAAAUAUGGUUUCAUGCGAAAAAAAUGUGGCAAAAAAAAAGAUUUAGCCGCCAUAAGACUAUAAAUAUAAUAAGACUUCAAAUAAUUAGUAAAAAUCAUAUCGAACUGAUUGUCGGACCAUUAAUUUCCUAAGACAGAAACUGAUACAUAGAAUUUUUUUUACACGUUUUUCCUUUAACAGACAAUUUUUUGCGACAAGUUUUUGCGAAGGAGUACUUCAGUGUCAAAAUGGAAACGUAUUUUGUUAAAAUUGGGAACUCAAAUUAAAAAUUUUACAUUCUAUCAAAGUUUUCAAUGAAACUUUUUUUAUAUGGGAACAAUGUCUUUCAAUAAGUUACGGUUUUCUCAAUUACAAUAACGACAAUGAACGUCGACGAUUUUAUGUCGUUUUCUGAUUAGUGUUCUCUGCCGUAGAAUAAUAUACCUUCCAGUAUAAUGUUGUCCACUCAGUAGCUUAGAAAUAAACCAAAUUCGUGUUUUGAUCGUAUGUGAAAGACCAUACUAAUCUAUAAAUGACAAAAAAAAAUGGAAAAUUAAAUAGCGCAGCUCUUUGUCGAGCGGCAACAAGACUGGAUACACCAUAUAAUAAUAUCGUUUUGCUAGAUAUAACAUAAUGUAUGAACGAUUCCUAUACGGUUUCGCUGAUUUUAGGCACUAGAUAGGUAGGUCGAUACGUGUUUCAUCGUAGAGACUGUUUAAAUGUACAAAUUAUUGGAGUAUGUAGCGUUUUUUUAGUAAUUAUUAAUGUUUAUCCAUCCGUAAUGUAUUGUGCAAUGCAUUGUGCAUUAUUCAAGUUUCUUUUCGUUACAAUAUCAUUUUAUUUAGGAAUAAUUUUUUUUUCAAAAUGAAUUACUUUGAAAAUACAAAUUAUUUUAAUUUAAUUAUUAAUACUUAAGUGUUAUUAAUAAAAUGUAAAGUAAAAGUAAGAGAUUAUAAGCGCAUGAAUAGCAUUUAUAUUUUACCAUAAACAUCGAAAUGGAUCCUUCGGGAUGAUAUAUGUAGAACAGAAACCAGAAAUUAAAAAUUGGAGUUAUGUAAAAAUCUAGUUAUAUAAGAAUAGGAAAACAUUGCUGAUUAUAAUUUGUAAUGAGUUCUCCUUUUUCAAAUUAAUUUCUGAUAAAAUAUUAUUUUUGUUAAUCCUAAUUUCUCGAUUUUAUUUAGAACAUUUGGUUAUUGUUUCGAGUGAUAUACCGGGUGCUCCUGUUACUCAGUACGUUUUACGCUCGAGCGUAGAAGAAAAUAAUAUACUAUAUGUACUAGCUGGGGGUAAAACGAACGGGAGAACAAGGGAUAAACGUAUCAAAAAUAAUCCAAAUACGUGUUAAUAUACUUAUAAGGCUCAACGUGUUGUAUAACAAGAAGCAGAUUUAUACGUGGAA